AUGACAACCAGAUCAUUACCCCUGAACGGGGCCAACCAAACGAUAAAAGACACCCCUAGGCGCAGAAAUAUCAAUGGCUCAGUACAAGUUGAGACAAUUGGCAAUGGCCAAGCAAGCCCAGCCCCAGGCCCCAAAAAGCCGUAUUCUUUCCUCCAUCGCUGUAAGCAUUUCGCAGAUAAGCGCACGUGGACGAUUCCACUAGCUCUCGUGCUGGCCAUCCUCUCAAUAUACGCGCUCAACCCGACCGAGUCAAACCCAAUCUCUCAUUUCAUAUUCCUCUCCUACAAAGAGGAGUCCCUGAAUGGCGACCCAAAUGCCCCCACGCAGUAUGGCAAGGGUCUGUGGGACAUAGCAUUCGUGUCAUUCUACGUGAUAGUGCUAUCCUUCACGCGCGAAUUCAUCAUGCAAGAAAUCAUCCGCCCCAUAGCAGUCUCGGGUCUCAAGUCGCGAAGAAAGCAAGCCCGCUUCAUGGAGCAGAUGUACACUGCUAUAUACUUUGGAGUCGUUGGUCCCGCGGGGUUGUAUGUCAUGCGCCAGACGCCCGUUUGGUACUUCAAUACCCGUGGCAUGUACGAACUCUUCCCGCACAGGACCCAUGCAGCCGAGUUCAAGUUCUACUAUUUGUUCGAAGCGGCUUAUUGGGCGCAGCAGGCUGUUGUUAUGCUGCUGGGGAUGGAGGAGCGGCGGAAGGACUUUAAGGAGCUUGUUAUGCAUCAUAUUGUGACAUUGGCUCUUAUUGCGCUCAGCUACCGCUUCCACUUUACCUAUAUGGGCAUUGCUGUUUAUAUCACGCAUGAUAUCAGUGAUUUCUUCCUUGCGGUUUCAAAAUCUCUCCAUUACAUUGCCCCGGACAUAAUGAUCCCAUUCUACGCAGCCUCGAUCGGGGCCUGGGUAUAUCUUCGUCACGUGCUAAAUCUUCGGAUCCUUUAUUCCCUUCUAACCGAGUUCCGAACCGUUGGGCCCUAUGAGCUCAAUUGGGAGACUCAACAGUACAAGUGCUGGAUCUCAAACGUGAUCACCUUCGCCCUGUUGGCUGUACUCCAGGCUCUCAAUUUGUUCUGGCUGUACUGUCUGUUGCGUAGCGCUUUCAAGUUCCUCGCGACAGGUGAGAAGAAAGACGACCGCUCUGACCCGGAAGAGUCUGAAAUUGAGCAAGAUGAAUUCAAGACUGUUGGGGGGAUUGAUGGCCACGCGACGUUGAAUGGCAGUGCAUCUCCCAGUGGCAAAUCCCAGCAUGCCACUAAUGGUGUUGGUAUCUCUGUUAGAGCUAAUGAGGCUCACUAA